GGUCUUUUCCAUGAGAUGGGAAUUGGGGGUGUGGAGUUGGAUCAUGCGGCAGCGAAGUGGGUCCAUAAUAACUGGGCUGAACGAGCUUGUCCUCGCCUUAUCCCAAUCGCCUUUUUGGAGGUGAGAGAGAGAACAGGGGAAAGUGCAGGAAUAACAAUGGCGUUGCUUCUCUCGCAAUUUCUGCCAAAUAUAAAUGCAACUUCUUCUUCUUCUCCAGAACGUGUAACCACCACGCUUCAAAGCACACCAACAAGAGGAAGAGGAGGAGGAGGAUUGAAUGUUGUUUGCAGCAACAUGAACAUAAGCAGGAGGUGGAGCAUCAUAGGAUUGGGAGGAGGCCUCUUUCUCUCUCUGCCCCCAGUUUCCAAGUCUGUGAUUCUUGAAGCGGAGGAUGAUGAAGAGCUUUUGGAGAUGGUCAAAAGGGACAGGAAGAAGAGACUUGAGAGGCAAGGCGUCAUUAAUUCCUCCGCCAAUGAAACUGCAUAUUUGCAGGAUCUUGUGUACAAGCUAAGCAGAGUGGGAGAAGCCAUAGACAAGAAUGAUUUGUUGACUGCUAGCUCUGUUCUUGGUCCAAGUCCAGAUUCAGAGUGGGUCAAAAAUAUCAAUAUAGCCUUCAUAAAGCUCAGCUCUAGUCCAGAGGAGAAGUCUGAGGUGGAUGUAUUUAAUUCCUCCUUGGCAUCCUUAAUUUCAUCAGUGUCCAAGAGAGACCUCGACUCGUCGAAGGGUGCUUUUGUGUCAUCUGCCAGCGCUUUGGAGAAAUGGACCUCCUUAACUGGAUUGACAGGACAGUUGAAAGGCCUUUGAACUGCCAUUUGAGAUUUCACUCUCAUUCUUUUUUUUGGGGGAAAUAGUUUUGCUGUCUUAUGUCAUCCUUGGCUUCGUGAAAUUGAAAGAAUGCAUGACAUCAAUGGCACCAUGGAUGCUAUCCUCACUGGAAUUCGUAUAUGGCAUUACUGUGUACUAAAUUUCGUGAAAUUGAAAGAAUGCCUGACAUCACUGGCACCAUGGCAUUACUGUGUAAUAAAGGGCUCGGAAAGUGUUUUCGUUAUUCAACAGUUUUUUCUUUC